GUUGUUAUCAUUGGUACUGCUGUUUUGUUUUACUGGCGUUGAGUUGCGCCUUUUGCUUUCGUUGCUCACAUCACGAGCUUCUCCAUUCGCUUUCUCAUACCUUCAAUCACUCCACUCUACGAUAAAGAACGGGUAAAAUAUGUCAGACCAGGAGGGAGAGACAACACACCUCGUGGACGACAUCAGGGGCGGGUCGGCACGCGGUGGCGGCGCGGCAUCGGUCGCCGGCGAUGAACACGAUUGGCGCACGGCGGGCAACGGCAGCAUCUUCUUCGAUAACCGCACCUUCAGCAGCCUGGAAGAGAUGAGAGGCUCGUUGCUGGAGAGCUGUUGCCCAGGUGAUGGUGUGUUGUCUGGUGCGCUGGGCCUUGUCACGACGGCCUGCACACCAACGAUGCUGUCGCUGCCGCUUGCCUUUGUGGUGGGCGGGUGGUCCUUUGCAAUUCUGUGUGUGCUAUUCUGCGUCAUCGUCGCGUUCCUGUCCGUGCGCAUUCUCGCCCUCGCCUCCCUCUCCGCAGACUCGGAUGACUACGAGACGGUCGCCGGCUUUUUCCUCGGCGCGAAGGGGUGCUGGGUCAUUCGUUUCAUUCUCUUCUUCUACAGCUUCGGCUGUGCCGUGGUGUACCUGAACUUCAUCAAAGACAGCGUCACCCCCGUUCUCGUAGGACGGGCAUCGUUUUUGCCGGACUGGAUGCGCAGCGACACCGGCGGCUCUAUCUGCCUCAUCGCCUCGAUGCUCAUCAUUACCCCUCUCACCUUCAACUCCCGCUUGGCGUCGCUGCGCACGAAGGGCCUCGUCAGCAACAUCUUCACCGUCUUCAUCAUAUUCACCAUCGCCUAUCGGUUUUUUGUGCCCCAGACAGUCCCCGGUGGCGCAAAGACACACCCUACGAAGGACGCCUCCGCGAGUGCCAACACGGACUUCUCCACGGGACGCCUGGCUGUUGCCCUGCCCUACAUGUUCUCCGCUCCCAUCUUUGUGUUCUCCUACGAGGUGCAGUCGAAUGUGAUGGCGGUCAUCAAGGAUCUGCACGACAGGACAGGCCGCAAGAUUUUGGUGUCGACGUCCCUGGCGCUGGGCGUUGUUUCGAUUUUCUACGUAGCGCUCGGUAUUCUCGGGAGCCUGACCUUCCCGAGGCUGUCGAACGGCAACAUUCUGUCGAAUUACAAUGUGGAGACGGAUCUGCUGAUGAUGGUUUGCCAGCUGAUGUGCUGCUUCAGCGCGGCCGUUUCCUUUGUCUUCUGCAUCUUCCCAUGCCGGCUGGCGGCCUUUAUGUUCCUAUCCGGCGGUGGCGGUACGAAGAUCCCGAAGAGGACGCGUACGAAACUCGGUGUGGUGCUGUCUGCGCUGUGCUGUAUCCUCGCCAUCUUUUUACCCGAUGUGGCCAAGGUCGUGUCUGUGCUUGGUGCCUUGUUUAGUGCCACGCUCUCCAUGACCUUCCCGGCGCUGUUCGCCAUGAAGAUGCGCUCCUCCGGUACGUACUUGACGGGUUGGGUGGAUGCGCUGCUGUCGUGGGGGCUGCUCUUUAUGGGGCUGCUGUUCUCCGCCAUUGGCACCUACAUGGCGUUUGUCUUCUCUUCUUAA